GGUAGAAAUCUCCUGUCGCUCUCUUCCCGCUCGUACCCCACCCUUCCUGCGAUCCUAAACCUAACAAAUCCUCGCAACGACGCCCUUAUCGCCUCUCCCCUCCAGGGGACCACGCCCGCCUCCCCCGGUGCCACCUGGGAGCACUCCAAGCUCCGCAAGCGCCUAUCCAUCCUCCUCUGUCUUCGCUGCCUUCCUGGUGACAACUGCCGCCCGAUUACUGGCCAAAGAUCGACUUUUGGAGCUGCCUGGUGUCAGAGCUCCAGAAAUCCGUGGGCUUUGCCUCUGGAAUCGAGCAAAGGUGGUGUUUUCUUGGUGGAUUUUUAGUUUAUUGGCGAUCUUAUUUCUUCCCACCCGGAAAAGUUCGGAUCUUUGGAUGCUUUUUGUGAUACGGGAAUGGGUUCUGUGUCAAAUUUAGCAUCUUGCUUUCCAGUUGCAUGUGUUGCUACUCUCCAAGUCUCUUAUUUUGGGCCGCUUGGACCCUAUCUCAAAUCCACAGAAAUACCUCUCUCCACCCAAGGUCAGAUGUGCUUUUGGUGCCUGUUUAUGAUGUGAACGAGUUGCUAUCAGCGAUUUAGAUAUUGGGUGUUGAUUUGGGCCGCUUCGAGGAGCAGAGAUAUCGAAAGAGUGUGCUGAAGGAGUUGGGAUUUCAUGGCGUCGGAGAUGGUGAAUGAGGAGACGAAUAAAGGGAGUAUGUGGGUUUUGGAUCAAAACCUCGAUCAGCCCAUGGAGGAAGAGGCUGGUCGGCUUAAAAAUAUGUACAGAGAAAAGAAAUUCUCAUUGAUUUUAAUUUUAAGGCUCGCAUUUCAGAGCCUAGGUGUGGUAUUUGGAGAUCUGGGCACAUCACCGCUAUAUGUUUUUUGCAAUACAUUUCCUAAUGGGGCAAAAGAUCCAGAGGAUGUUAUUGGAGCUCUUUCUUUAAUCAUAUACUCCCUUACUCUCAUCCCACUCCUUAAAUAUGUCUUCGUAGUGUUGAGGGCAAAUGACAAUGGUCAAGGUGGUACAUUUGCUUUAUACUCACUACUCUGCCGCCAUGCAAAAAUAAUUACUAUUCCCAACCAACAUAGAACAGAUGAAGAACUAACAACAUAUAGUCAUCAGACAUAUGAUGAGAAUUCAUUAGCAGCAAAAAUCAAGAGAUGGUUAGAGGAACAUUCUUAUAAAAAGAAUGCUCUUCUUAUUCUUGUUCUUGUUGGCACAUGUAUGGCAAUUGGAGAUGGGAUACUUACUCCAGCUAUAUCAGUUCUUUCAGCAUCAGGUGGAAUAAAGAUUGACCAUCCCAAGAUGAGUAAUGAUGUGGUUAUACUUGUUGCUGUGGUCAUAUUAGUUGGUUUAUUUAGCAUGCAACACUAUGGUACAGACAAGGUUGGAUGGCUUUUUGCUCCCAUUGUCCUCAUCUGGUUUAUACUCAUUGGUGCUAUUGGUGCUCUGAACAUAUGGAAAUAUGAUAGUUCUGUUCUCAGGGCUUACAAUCCAGUUUAUAUAUAUCGGUAUUUUAGACGAGGGAAGGUUAGUUGGACCUCUCUUGGAGGAAUUCUGCUUAGUAUCACGGGGACAGAAGCGUUAUUUGCUGAUCUGUGUCAUUUUCCUGUCCUAGCUGUUCAGAUAGCUUUCACUCUCAUUGUGUUCCCUUGUCUUCUUCUGGCAUACACUGGACAAGCUGCUUACAUAGUUAGCAACGGAGGGCAUGUAUUAGAUGCUUUCUAUCGUUCUAUUCCAGGUAUUAUAUACUGGCCAACUUUUGUCAUUGCAACAGCAGCAGCAGUGGUCGCUAGUCAAGCCACCAUAUCUGCAACAUUUUCAAUAAUCAAACAAGCACUUGCACUUGGCUGUUUUCCAAGGGUCAAAGUUGUUCAUACAUCAAAAAAGUUCCUAGGUCAGAUAUAUAUUCCAGACAUUAAUUGGAUCCUUAUGGUUCUUUGCAUAGCUGUUACGGCUGGAUUCAAAAAUAAAAGUCAGAUUGGAAAUGCAUAUGGAACUGCUGUGGUGAUUGUUAUGCUGGUGACAACAUUUCUCAUGGUUCCAAUAAUGCUGUUGGUAUGGCGCAGCCACUGGAUCCUUGUUGCCAUCUUCACUGGUCUUUCCUUGCUGGUGGAGCUCCCAUACCUUUCUGCAGUGCUCUUCAAGAUAGACCAAGGUGGUUGGGUUCCGUUGGCCAUUGCUGCUGCCUUCCUCCUCCUCAUGUAUGUAUGGCACUAUGGAACUUUGAAGCGGUAUGAGUUUGAAAUGCACAGUAGGGUCUCCAUGGCCUGGAUCUUGGGUCUUGGCCCCAGCCUUGGCUUGGUCCGGGUCCCUGGGAUAGGCUUUGUGUACACAGAACUGGCAAAUGGUGUUCCUCACAUCUUCUCCCACUUCAUCACCAAUCUCCCUGCCAUCCACUCUGUUGUUGUUUUUGUAUGUGUCAAAUACCUCCCGGUCUACACAGUACCGAUAGAAGAGCGGUUUCUUGUAAAGAGGAUUGGCCCGAAGAAUUUCCACAUGUUCCGCUGUGUUGCAAGAUAUGGAUAUAAAGAUCUCCACAAGAAAGACGACGAUUUUGAGAAGAUGCUUUUUGAUAGCAUCUCUCUCUUUGUUCGUCUUGAAAGUAUGAUGGAAGGUUACUCCGAUUCUGAUGAGUAUAGCUUAUGCGGGCAGCAGACUGAGAAAUCUUCUAAUUUCCUUUUUACUGAGAAUGACAAUGGCAAUACAGUCUCCUCCAACAUAGAUCCAAGUUACUCGUCAUAUCAUGAUUCUAUAAUACCUGCCCAAUCCCCAGUUGGGGGAAACAGUUUGGUAAGAUCAUCAGGCCAGACAAGCCAGACAAUGGGGGAAGAAUUGGAUUUCUUGAACAGGUGCAAGGAUGCUGGGGUGGUCCACAUUUUUGGGAACACAAUUGUGACGGCUCGAAGGGAUUCGGGAAUUAUUAAAAAGAUUGCUGUUGAUUACAUUUAUGCAUUCCUUCAGAGAAUCUGCAGGGAAAACAGUGUGAUCUUUAAUGUUCCCCAUGAGAGCCUAUUGAAUGUGGGACAGAUAUUCUAUGUAUAGUUAAUCUGAUCAAAAGAAUGUGGUUAGCUGCACCUUCUGUAAUGAGCUCCCUUUUCCUGUAACCUUUUUUGAAUGUGGUAUCUUACAAGAUGAAUGUAAAGGUAGGACUGUUUUUUCAUAGAUGCCUUCUGUAAUGAGCUCUCUUUUUCCUAUAACCUUUCUUUUUUCAUAGAUGCAUUGGCUGAGCACCAGGUAGUUGUUUUUUCCCGCCAUCCCUCCUACAAUGAAGGAAGAAAGUGCUCUCCCAAUGUGGCUUGCUGGUUUGGGCUAAUUGUAAGAUAUGUUAUGUUUGGAUACGUAUUGGUUGAAUUGAAUAAAAAGCAUCUGGGUUUUUUGGGUUUUAU